GCGGCUGCUGCUGCCGUGGCGGCUCUUCGAUUCGAAGGAGAGCCUGGCCGGACAUGGCCCUCGUGUUGUGUUGACAUCUGUCGACUUGGGCACGACGUCGAAUGCUGCCGAGAAGUUAGCACCCUACAGCAAGAUCCUUCUGGGUCCUCCGUGCACGGACGACAAGGCAAUGCUGCGCGGCUCCUGCCCUGGUGGUCUCGCACGGUGGUCCGCUUCCACCGCCAAGGUGAGCGCUGAGCGACAGCUCAAGUGGUUGCACAAUGCGCUUUGGUUGCUUUGUGAGGGGGGUGUGCUGCUGUACUUCAAUCGUGCGCUCGCUCCGGAGGAGGGCGACGGUGUCAUCGAGCGGCUCUUCAAGCGCGUGGAGGGGACUUUCGACCUCCAGGCCGCCUCUGACCAUUGA